AUGACCCGGUUCAACACCACAUCUCGACUCAUCACGGACCUCUUGUCGAAGCUGCCCUGGCGAUCUUCGGAUCGAUCAGAUCCACGAUGCUUGGACUGUGGUGCCCAGAAGGGGGUGUGCGCUCAUCGCCGGUUCUCGCAAAAACAGCUUAAGAGUGAGCGUGGACUUGUCUGUACCCGAGUAGGAUCAACUUCAGAUGAUGCUGAUCAAGCUUGGCUUGUUCCGAUGGAAUAGAGCUCUGCAACGAGUGGAAGCGCCGCUUGCACAAGUUGAUGCUCAGGGAGCGCGAGCUGGAAUUCGCUCGGUCUCUGGGGAUGAACUACUCGUGGGCUGGGAAGUGAGUGCUUCUUUAAGGAGGAGUACCAUACUGAAUCCUGCUGUUUUAUUGAGCCUAGCUGUUCGCCUCCCCACAGAACCUCCGACAUUACCCUCGUACGCCGCUCCCUCAUCGAAGCCGAAUUCAUUUUUCUCCAACUCCACCAAGCCCUCAAAUGGUGUCAAGCCCAAAAGAUCCUCCAACAAGUCCUACUCCUCGAAUACAACCCUGUCUGCUCCCCUCCGCCCGAAGCUUUGACGGGUCCCACGGCGUACCCACCGGCUUUGAAGGAUUUACCCUAUCCGCUGCCGGAGGUGCCGAGGUCGAGUAGGGAUUAUAAGGCUGUUGUGGAGGCUCCGCCGAAGUUCAAGAGUAGGGAGAGUAUGGUGGGUCCACCGAGGUAUUCGUUGGCUAUCUUGGGCAGGGAGUAA